UCAGUGAGCCCACAUUUGUAGGCUUACUUUGAGCAGGUGUGGCACGAAAGCACAAGCGCAUUAGUUCUUAAAACAUGUCUCUUCAAUUCUAUCUGAGACUGGCUUUGGUUGGUUUGAUUCUUUCUGUUGUGGGAUGUUUGCCUGAUGUGUCAGUUGUUCCCUUAGGAGACAUCACAGAUGAUUCAAAGAUCAAAAUACAAGUGUUGGAAAAUGUCAAAAGUGUUAGUCCACCCAUUCAAAGUCCAGUAAGCGGCAGACUUCAAAGGCACUUUUUAAAACAAUUUAACAGCAAAAAUCAGCUACCCAGCAUCAACCUGGCCUCAUACAGCCAGAGAAAUGAUGGCAAUGCAAAAAAUCCAAGCUUCAGCCGCACUGACACAAGAGCUUCUUCAGAUGUUAUCUAUUACCAUUCAGUCCCAAAUAAAGUCCAGUCCAAUACCAAUCGCAGAAGCAAUCCUGUUCAAUUUUCAAGUGUCAAAUUUAAUGAUGGAAUUGAUGCUAAAAGAAGCUAUGCUUUGCAAGCAGUCAGACAGGAUCAAAAUCCGUUAGACUUUAAAGGGAGCCAAAUGGGCUCUAGUGAUCCAAAUAUAGCCCAAAGGCUUGUGAGGAAAAAUGGUGGAAUGCAUGCAGCCAAUGUGGAUAGAUCUGGCUCAUUUGGAUAUCAGCAUAUUUUGAAAUCAGAAAGUUCACGACCAUUACGACGCAAUGGACCCUAUUUGAGGGAAAAUAUUCCAUCUGAUUAUAUGUCUAGAAGCUCAACUGUGAACCAAAUGGGGCACAAAAGUGACCGAAACCUGCUGUUUGAUCAUUUACCUCAAAACAAUGGCCAGAAUCCGAAUGUGCUGAGGAAUACAUCUCCCUCAACUGUAAGAGCACAUCAACAAGUGAGCAAACCAUUACCACAUACUUUUUCUGCUGGGACUGCAGUCAUUUCUCAAAUUUCCUACGCGAAUACAAGGGAUCUAGCUAUUUCCAAGGUGUACAAACCUCCAACAAUCCCGACAUUAAUAUCUCCUGGCUUUACGGGAUCCAAUUCAAAUACAGGACAUGGCAUCAUUCCAUUAAAAAAAUCUCUCAUGUUUUCUUCUCAACGUGAUCGUGUCAAGCUGUCUGAUUCUGAAAGGGUUGCUAGUCCCAAAACAAAAUCAGCCACAAGCAGCUACACUUUCAAGGACGUUCACUUGACAUCUACACAAAAUGAGUACCAAAAUAGGGGACAAAGUAGUCCGAAACCUGUGCACAUUCAAACAUUUCACAGUCAAAAGGGGUAUGAUAAUUUGGCUACAGGUAAAUCUGCCUUCGGGCCUUCAGUGACCAAUAAUGCCCGGUCUUACUUUAUAUCAGAUGAGACCCAUAGCAUCCAGAUGUCUGCGCUACUCGACCGGUCAAAACAAAACACAGACUUGACUCCACAAGGGCAGUUUGCAAAAAACACAAUGUUAGUUUCACAACGUGCUAAAAAUAUGAACCUACCAUACCCAACAAAUCGUUCAUUAAAGAAGUCAAGUCAGCAUAACAUCCGAAAUAGGACCGAUCUGAAUCAAUCAUUAUUCGUUCAACAUUAUCCUGCACUAAGUCUCGUGCCUGGUAACACAAUAGAGAGCGUCCACCGCAUUAGUCCAUCUGUGUCAGGCACUCAAGGCACAUCAGAAAAUUCAGGUACAUCUAGUAGCCUAAACAGACCAUAUUAUCUAACUUCUAAAAAGCCAUAUGCUUUUAAAGGUUUCACAUUUGUCCCUUCAUUGCAGACAUUUGUACAAAAAACAGAAAUGCACUCUGGCCAAAAACCUCUCUCAAAUUCUGUGCAAUAUGCACCUGCUCGUCCACAUACAACCUUAAGUGCACUCGCUCAAAAGCCAUUGAUGCGUAAGAGCUACCAGAAAACGCCUUUUCAGUUCAAGGACAUUGAAACAAGCCAAGAAAAACAACCUCUGGAUCAGACAGAUUCUUUUGAUAAUGGACCUCAGCAUGCAACCGUCUCUUCUACUGUAGGUGCAAGUAACCCGAUGUCUAAUGCUCCAAAGCACCAUGUUGUUAAAGGUCAAGCUGUAUUGAGGAAAACAUCUCUGAGUGGCACGAAUACUUCAGCAAGACUUACAAAUAAUGGAGCUGUUUUCCCUCAGAACCACCCUAAAACGGGGUACGGUGGGUUGACGGUUGAUAAAGUUCAGUCAAAAACAUCUCCGAAGUGGACUUCAAGUAGGCUUGCUUCAGCACAUAGCUUGAAGAAACAUGAACGUCUGUUGAGUCCAACAAAGGAAACCAAAGACGUAAACACUGCUGGAAUAACACAAUCAAAUAUUACUGAAUCUUACAGUCCCAUAAGAUUGAGGCCGACAAGCAGCACUGUGAUUAGUAGGUGGGCCGAAGUGACUCAAGAAGCAAAGCGAUCUGAACAGACUUCAAACCACCAGAAUGUCUCUGCCAUCCCAUCCUACCAAUCUGCAAUAUAUAGAGCUGCUGACAUUAAUAGAGCUAAAACUAAUAGCUCUGCAAAGCUCACUUACCAGUCACCUAUACACAGAUCUGCUAUAAAAACUCCUGGCAAAGCUAACCUCAUACAAGGCCAGGGAUCAAGACCCACGAGCAGCUUUGUAGUCGGAAGGUACAUUAAUAGAUUUGAUAAAACCUCAGCCAAAUCAAACAUCAACAUGUCUUCUACAAAAACAGGCCUAAACGCUUAUAAACCAGUUCAGUUUUCAGAUAUAGCAGGUAGCGCCUCCUUCACAAACGCUGCUGGCAACACAGCAAAGAAAGAAGUGGAUCCUGAAAGCAAGCAAUACCACUCCAAUUCAACAUCAGUGAUGGAGGAAAGUAUGAUCUCACCCUUACAAAACAAAACCGAUGACCAUACAGUGGAUUUAAGUGUCCCUGAGCUUAUGCCAACUGCUGCUAUAGUCUUCACCCAAGAAUCUCAGCUGCCAUUUACAGAAGAAUAUACUCCACGUCAACCAACUGUCUAUUCCUCUUGGGAUCUUGGGAAUCUUACCUCACCUACAGCAGAGGGUACCAUUCCACUUUCUGAGGGAACAUUGAAACCCAAUACAACAUUGCUGGUCAAACUGACAUCAGAUUGAGGUCUGUCUCUUCAAGUUUUCUACUGUAUGUACUCCAGUGGCAAGCGUCAUUAACCCCAACAGACUUAAAUGUGAAGUGUUUUUCUCUUCUGUAUUUUAGAUGGCACCAGAUCUGUUGUCACUUUCACUUGCAUUAAAUUUGUGAGUACUGA